UUCUGGAAGAAAAAAAAUUUUCAAUUGACUUGGUUCUUCCGUAUAUAUUUUUUCCACAGUUCGGAAGACUCCUUGUUAUAUUUCUUUGUUUUUUUCUUUCUUUCUUUGAAUUUAUUUUUUUUCCAUUAAUAUGAUGAGGGGGGGUUCGGUAGAGCAAUUUGUGGUUGAGAAAAUUGAAGAUGGCGCCGAUAAGGAGAAGAAGAAGAAGCGCCGAUCUGGUCGACGAUCCAAGCAAAACGCUUCCCAAUCGGUAAAUGAAAGUCGGGGCGAAGCGGCAGAGUACUCGGGGAAUGGUAGAUCAACUAAUCAUUUGCUUGCAUACUCGAGGCAACCAAAAUUCGGGAUAUGUCCUCCAGAUGAUCAUGGAUUUACAAACACGUCUAAUGUUGCUUUCAAUUCUCUGCCUCCACUGCAUAUCAAUGAACAGACCAAUUCAGAAGAUAUGCAAAACUCACAAAAUCAGAAUCCUCACCCAUCGAAUCUUGGUGGGGAAAUGUUUUCAAAGUCGUAUUCCGAGCCAAGUACUUAUAGAGGAUCACCUGACUUAUUCAUGACCAAAGUCUUUCCUUCUCAUCUGAUAGAGAGCUAUGCCCAAAAAAAACUUUAUGCUCUACACUGGUCUCUAGAGGCUGUUAAUGAUGCUUUAGAGAAAGGAGAUGUUUUUAAAGCUUUGUUUCGCGUCAAUGCCCACAACAGACUUGAGGCUUAUUGCAAAAUCGAUGGAGUACCGGUUGACGUUUUUAUUAGUGGAGUUGCUGCCCAGAAUAGAGCUGUGGAAGGUGACAUUGUAGCAGUUAAAGUUGAUCCUUUGCCAUUGUGGACAAGAAUGAAAGGCUCAACAGCAGGUGGUAGCAAUUCAGCACCAGUGGAGGAUUUGAACUUAUUAUCAGAAUGUAAUGAAAUGGCCGGUAACAGUUGCAAAGGUAAAAGUAAGGUAGAUGUGGAUUAUCAGUACGCAAAUCAUGGUUGCUGCUUGCCUGCAGAGAAGGAAUUCCAUUCUGAAAGGAAUACUUCUCUUGAUGAACCUGUUCAGCCAGAGUCAAUUGGACCAUCAAGUUGUGAAAAUAUGGAUGGAUAUCAUUUCCCUGCUUCAGGUACUUCGCAUGUGGGUUCUUCUAGUGGAAUGAAUCAUGUUAGAGAUGCAAUAGGAAGGAUGUGUGCCAUGAUCAGCUCAUUCCCUUCAAAACGGCCGACGGGAAGGGUUUUAGCUGUCAUUGAAAAGUCUCCUCGUCGAAAAGCUGUUGUUGGUUUUCUUAAUGUUAAGCAAUGGAUUUUGUACCAGGAAGUUUGCAGGAAAGAUGCGAAGAAAAACAAAAGUACCUUAGCAUUUACUGACUACGAGUACAUCCAGCUUACACCCAUUGAUCCAAGACUUCCCAAAAUGAUGGUCCUCGUGCAAGGCUUACCUGACUGCAUAAAGAAAAGAUUGGAGAAUGGUGAUGUGACUCUUGAAAUCGAGUUGGUUGCUGCUAAGAUUGACAAUUGGGGAGAAGAAAGUCCUUUUCCUCAGGCUUGCGUGUCACAUACUUUUGGGCAGGGUGGCGAAUUAAACUCACAACUUGGUGCAAUUUUAUUUGAAAAUGCUAUUUGUUCUGCUGAUUUUUCUCCCAAGUCAUUUUCCUGCCUUCCAAAUGUUCCUUGGGAGGUGCCACUUGAAGAGCUUCAAAGCAGAAGAGAUCUUAGAAAGUUGUGCAUAUUCACCAUUGACCCUUCCACUGCCACUGAGUUGGAUGAUGCUUUGUCAAUUGAAAGGUUAUCCAAUCGUGAUUUCAGAGUAGGUAUCCACAUUGCCGAUGUGUCAUAUUUUGUUUUACCCGACACAGAAUUAGAUAAAGAAGCUCAAAUGCGGUCAACAAGUGUCUAUAUGUCACGAAAGAAAUUGUCCAUGCUGCCUCCUUUGCUUUCGGAGAAUAUUGGUUCCCUUAAUGCAGGUGUAGAUAGACUUGCGUUUUCUAUGUUUUUGGAUAUCAACUUGGCUGGGGAUGUUGAAGACAGGUGGAUUGGCCGUACUGUGAUAAAGUCAUGUUGCAAGCUGUCUUAUGAACACGCCCAGGAAAUAAUUGAUGGGCCAAUGGAUACUGGGAGUUUAUUUUCAGGAAAUAAUUGUCCCCAGUUGCAUGGCCAUUUUGAGUGGGUUGAUGUAGUUAACUCUGUCAAAGACCUCCAUGAACUUUCUAAAAUUUUGAGGGGUAAGAGGUUUAGCAAUGGGGCUUUAGCGCUAGAAAGCUUAAAAGUUGUUUUUCGUUAUGAUGAAUGUGGAAAUCCUUAUGAUAGCAUGCUUUCUGAACGCAAGGCUUCUAACUUUCUUGUUGAGGAGUUUAUGCUUCUGGCGAAUAGAACUGCUGCUGAGGUCAUAUCUAGAGCUUUCCCAGACUGUGCACUACUGCGGAGGCACCCAGAGCCUAAUAUGCGAAAACUCAGGGAGUUCGAAGCUUUUUGUCACAAACAUGGUUUAGAGUUAGAUACUUCUUCUUCUCGCCAAUUCCAUCUUUCGUUGCAGAGGAUCGGAGAAAAGCUCAAGGAUGAUUCGACUCUCUUUGAUAUUAUCAUGAACUAUGCUGCCAGACCAAUGCAGCUGGCGACUUAUUUUUGCACUGGGGAUUUGAAAGAUGAUGAAAAUGAUUGGGGUCAUUAUGCUCUAGCUGUUCCAUUAUAUACUCAUUUCACUUCACCUCUACGCCGGUAUCCCGAUAUUGUUGUGCAUCGGACACUGGCUGCAAUUAUAGAGGCUGAAGAAUUAUAUCUGAAACAUGAGAAAACAUUUAACAAAUUUCAUAGGGGACAGGAAGCGACAAGAAAAUGCUUCACUGGCAUCAAUUUUGAAAAAGAUGCUGCUGAAUCCCGGGAAGGUAGGGAAGCAUUAUCGGCAGCAGCCCGUAAUCAUAGAAUUCCUGGGACUGAAUUACUUGCUAAAGUUGCUGCUUAUUGCAAUGAUAGAAAGCUGGCUAGUAGACAUGUCAAGGAUGCUUGUGAUAAGCUCCAUAUGUGGGCUCUUCUAAAGAAGAAACAGGUUUUACUAUCAGAAGCUAGAGUUUUGGGUCUGGGACCUAGAUUCAUGUCGAUAUAUAUUCAGAAGUUAGCUAUUGAACGUCGAAUUUAUUACGAUGAAGUCGAGGGCUUGAUGCCCGAAUGGCUUGAAGCUACGUCCACAUUGGUGCUUAAUUUAUAUCCUAACAGACUCUGUACCCGGAGAGGUAGCCCUGGUAAAUGGAGGCCAAUUGAAGAUGUUGCCUUGAUUGUUAGUCCAUGUGAUCUGCAAGCUGAACCGGGUGUGGUUGGGAGUAGUUCUAGUGAGCCCGUUGGCUCAUCCGUUGUCACAUCCCAAUCUGGCUCUUCAGAAACCGAACUUGACCCCUCAGUUUUCCCCAUCACAGUGCGUCUUCUCUCAACAAUCCCUGUGGCAGUGCAUGCAAUAGGCGGGGAUGAUGGACCGGUUGAUAUUGGAGCCAGACUGUACAUGAGCUCGUAUUUCUGCUGAAUUGGGUGUCUAAAAAUGGUUGACUCGUGUUCCAAAGUUGAUUUAAAGAUGAAGGGAGAACAGAGCACAGGAUUGCGGAAAGCUCUGCUGUAGAUACACAAAAGCAGUGUAUAGUUCAAGGUAGAGUUGUAGGAGAAAGAAAAAAAAAAAAGGGAAAAAUAAAUGGUUUCGAAUCUGGUGUUGCUUUUUUUACCAAUUAAAUUUUCAUGCUGAAGCAGAUUUGGUAGGCAGUAUAGAUAAAAGUUGGGGAUUUUGUUGUGGCAUUGGCUAUAUGGCGGCUGUUUUUUUUUUUUUUAACAGAAGCUGCUUGUUGGAAUAGGCUUUUGUUUUUAUUGGUCGAUUCCAUCCAGUGUAACUUGGUUAACAAAAUAACCCCAUAUCUGGCUCUUGCACACCAAGUUUGUUUUUAUAGGUUUCACUUGUUUCUCUUUUAGACAGCAGCCCAAUAAGUUUUUGAUUUUGGGUGGCAAGGUUUACCGGUUAGUCUUAUGUAUUAAUAUUGUGCUCAAGACAUCAUCUGAAUGUUGAAUUGUGAAAAAAAGGCUUUAAUUGGCCGGGUUUCACAGUGGCAUGUUAUGUUCAUUAGAGAAAUGAAAUUGUUAAGACUUCAGUUCCACUUUA